GAAAAAUUUCAGAUCUCCGUUCUUUUUUUUUUUUUUCUUUUGUGAUUGUAUAUAGAUUCAUUUCAACCAUGUCAUCUACACCAGAUAAACCACCUACACGUGAAGAAAGAAAGAAAUGCUGGAAGUUACGAGAUGAAUACUUUGCCUGUCUUGAUAAAUUGAAUAUACUAGAUCCUGUCCUUGUGGAAAAACAACCUGAUCGUGCUACUUCUUGUCUUGAUAAAAAGAAACAUUAUGAAGAUGCUUGUAUGGCAAGUUGGGUUGAAUACUUUAACAAAAGACGUGUUUUGGAUGAACGACAAAAACAAUACCUCAAGUUUUCAGAAGAACAGUCUGGAAAGAAAUAAAGAGACAUUGGGUAAUACUGGAUCAAACUGUGAACUGUAGUUUCUUUCUUUGUUGUUUUUUUUUUAUUCGUCCAUACACAUGUCUCUUAUUUAUACAAUGACAUCCUAUUUUGUCUUCCUCAAGAUAUCAACCGUUUUAUUGUUUUAUAUUGCUUCACACACACACAUACAAAUAUAUAUAUAUUUAGUCGUCAUCAUAUCAUGUUUUAUUAUACUAGAAUGAACUAUACUUUGCAUUCACAUUUAGAAAUAAAAUACAACAAAUUAUACAUUAUCAUUUUU